AUCCCCAUCUGCCUCCUCUGCGUGAUGGCGUCUUCCCAAAGCAGCCUCUUUUCCAUGGCAGGCGACUCCUACAGCAAGUACGAGAUUCGGCGGCGCAACCCCAACCCCACCGCCGCCGCCCUCCUCGUCAUCGACAUGCAGCGCCACUUCGCCUCCAUCGCUGCCCCCAUACUCCCCGCCCUCCGCUCCACCGUCGCCCUCUGCCGCGCCGCCGGCAUCCCCGUCCUCUUCACCCGCCACCGCCACCGCUCCCCCGCCGACUACGCCAUGCUUGGCGAGUGGUGGUCCGGCGACCUCAUCCUCGACGGCACCCCCGCGGCCGAGCUCCUCCCCGACAUCGGCCGAGACCCCGGCGACCGUGUGGUCGAGAAGAGCACCUACAGCGCCUUCGCCGGCACGGGUCUGGAGGAGGCGCUGAGGGGCAUGGGAGUCGAGGAGGUGAUCGUCACCGGCGUGAUGACGAACCUCUGCUGCGAGACGUCGGCGAGGGAGGCGUUUGUGAGGGGGUUCAGGGUCUUCUUCUCCACCGACGCCACGGCUACCUCGAACAAGGAUCUGCACGAAGCUACCCUCAAGAAUAUGGCGUAUGGCUUUGCUUAUCUGGUGGACUGCAAACGCCUCGAGGCAGCUCUUGCGCCCAAGAUUUGAGCAACUCUUUUACCUGCAUAACUUUCUCCAGCAAUGUAGAAGUCAUGGGACUUGUACUGUGGGAACCUCUUGAGCCAGUUUACAAGGAAUAUGUAGGAGUCCUCAGCUUUGGAUGAUCAGUAGAACAAUAUCAGUAGAUGUGAACAAAUCCCCCAAGGAUUUCUAUGGAACAUGUAUAUGGUCAAGUGAAAGUACUCUCUGUAGGACUUACCA